AUCAAUUAUAUCUGUGAACUGAAGUGUUACUUGAUAACAUGUGGUUACUCUUUCUCAUACUAUCUCCAUCUCUUGCGUUGUUUACUCGCGAGCCCCCUCCACCCCUAGUGACGUCGCGUGCCACAGUCCAAGAACGCUGGCUUAACGUUGAUCUUAACCACUUCGAUGCUUCAAAUACAGACACCUUUCCUAUGCGAUACUAUUACAACGACGAGUUUGUCCAAGUCAAUAACAGCAAUAUAGUAAUAUUCGUCGGUGGUGAGUGGGCCAUCCAUCCUGGCUGGGUGUCUGCUGGUUUGGCUUACGAGCUGGGCAACAGAACCAGCAGUGCUGUGAUUUACACAGAACAUCGGUACUACGGUCAAACACGUCCCAGCAGUACGACCAGUUUAGCUGAGCUCCGGUUUCUAAAUGUGGACCAAGCUUUGGGAGAUCUUGCUCAGUUUAUUGAACAUGUGAAGAGCGACGCUUUCGAAGAUGGCAAAUUCAGAAACGCAUCGGUGGGUCUCGUAGGCUGUUCCUACGCUGGAAGCAUGGCUACCUGGAUGAGACUGGCCUACCCGCAUCUGGUGGAUGUCGCCUUCUCCGACAGCGGACCCUUGUACGCACAAGAAGACUUCCCAGAAUACCUCGAAGUCAUAACUGAAUCGCUUGUCAGGCAAGGUAGUCAAGCGUGUGUCGACACAAUAUCAUUAAGUAUUAGCACUAUGGUGGAACUACUGAAAUCGGAUGCCGGGGCGAGAGAAGUAUCUAGUUUGUUCAACACCUGUACCGAGAUCCGACCAAACGUCAGUCUGGAUAUCAGCACGUUCUUCUGGUACGGCAUCACAGAGACCUUCGCAGAGCUGGUGCAAUAUGCUGACCCUGGAGAUAUUACUGCCGCUUGUCAGACCAUCACAAACUCUGCUAUUUCCACAGUCCCGAUGGAGCGUCUGGCUGCCUGGGUUACUAACAGAACGUGGACCCAACCGUGCAUUGAGCCUCGUUACGAGGAAGUCGUUCGGAAACACACCAAUUUAAGCUACGACGCACCUGAUGCAACAAUGCGCCUGUGGACAUAUCAAACCUGCGUGGAGUACGGCUGGUAUCAGACUACCAGUAGUACCCGACAGCCAUUCCUCUCAACAGUGCCCCUGGAGUACUUCCAUCAGAUGUGCAAAGACUUUUUCUCGAACGACACCAACGUCGAAUUGCUUCGUUCAGGAAUCAAACGCACGAACCUAUUGUUCGGCGGCAUGCGUCUACCAGACCACGUGCUAUCAGUUGCUGGCGGGAUUGACCCCUGGUCGCCCAUGGGGCCAAAUAUCACUCAUUCUACCCCUCUUGCCCCUGUUUACUUCAUACCUGAUGCAUCACACUGUAUGGCUGUUGGAUCAACAGCACCUCGUGAUGUCGAAUUACUUCGUGAAGCUCAGCAAAGUAUCCUAGAUAACAUGACGCUCAAGAUGACGGGUCAACCAGAAGUUUCAUCAGCAUUUACAUUCAUGAUAACACCAAUUUUAUUGUUAGCGAAUAGUCUUAUUAUUUUUGUUUAAAUUAAAUAUUAUUUAAAA